UGAAGCAGGGAAGUGGUGCUCAUAGUGACGUCACGCAGGGCAGUCCACGCCCUCAAACCCCCUGGGCAAAGGGGUAUCGUCUGCUUCUGAAAGUCUGAAGAGCAGUCUGGAAGAAGGACCAGCAACGGGACUAGCUUUGUAACUAGGUGUGCAGCUGUAACAAUAGAUGGAAAGACACCAUUGAAAGACUGUUACAAAACAUCUUCCUCAUAAAAAGGGUGAACUAGCAAACCAUUAAGUUUUAUUAUUAAUUUUAUUAAAAGAGGAACUACAGCAGGGAAGAGAAGAAAGAACAAAGCAUCUGUACAGAGCAGAGUAGCUAAAAUAUCAUGGACAAGAGAGAGAGGUGUUGUCAGCUCGGUGUUCGCCCCUAACCUUUGAGAGCAUACAAAGCUGUGAACUUGUAAGUCAGAAAAUGAUGAGGAAAGUGCAACGAGGGGCAAUAACCAGGUUGUGGCAUGUGACAUUAGGAAGCGAACAAAGAAAAUAGUAAAACUUCACCGAGGAAUAUACAACACUUCGAGAGCUUUACUCAAAAAAAAGCAGCUUUUACUUGGGAGUAUUUUUAUUUUUACCGGUAAACCCUAAGAAACACCUGUUCUAACUUAAUACUUUGCGGUGGAAUAAAUGCAGAAAUGCAUUAAGAAACGUUUGAUUUAAAAUGCGCCAACUGGAGGAGCAUCACGAGCAAAACCAACAGGGUGUAUGGAUUCUGAAGUUGAGCAUCACAAGUAGGGGACGUUGCAACUUGACCGACUGCAUUGCUCUUUCUUACGUGCUUGAGGUUUACAGCUUGAGCUCCUUCUAGUGACAGAAAUAGAAAAUUGUUGCUGCAUAGAUCCACCAUGACAGCAGGAUCUUCUAACAACAGCUCUGAGACAGAGUCCCGUAACCCCCUGAUUGUACUUCACUACAACUAUACAGGAAAACUGCUUGAAAAAGAAAAUGAAACUGGCAAUAUAAGCUCAACUACAUUAGCUUUUUUAAUUGUCUGUAGCCUCAUAGUCUUAGAAAACUUGAUGGUGCUAAUUGCUAUAUGGAAGAACAAUAGGUUCCAUAACCGAAUGUACUUUUUCAUUGGCAAUUUAGCACUUUGCGAUCUGUUGGCAGGCAUAACCUACCAAGUUAACAUCCUUAUGUCAGGAAAAAAGACACUGACUAUGUCAGUGACUGCAUGGUUUGUAAGAGAAGGAAGUAUGUUUGUGGCUCUUGGGGCAUCUACUCUAAGUUUAUUAGCCAUUGCUAUUGAAAGGCAUCUGACCAUGAUCAAAAUGAGACCUUAUGAUGCAAACAAGAAAUACAGAGUUUUUCUCCUGAUUGGAACAUGCUGGCUUAUUUCCUUUACUCUUGGUGCCCUGCCAAUCCUUGGAUGGAACUGCAUUGGAAAUCUUCCUAACUGCUCCACACUUUUGCCUUUGUAUUCCAAAAACUAUAUUACAGUACUUAUUAGUAUAUUUAUGGCACUCUUAGUUGCCAUUGUCAUACUUUAUGCUCGCAUUUACAUACUGGUAAAAACCAGUGGCCGCAGGGUGACUAACCAUAAUAACUCAGAAAGAUCAAUGGCUCUUUUACGGACAGUUAUAAUUGUUGUCAGUGUAUUCAUUGCUUGCUGGUCCCCACUGUUUAUCCUUUUCCUUGUAGAUGUGGCUUGUCAACGUCGGGAAUGUGACAUUUUGUACAAAGCACAGUGGUUCAUAGUCCUGGCUGUUCUUAACUCUGCUUUGAAUCCACUUAUUUAUACACUGGCUAGCAAAGAAAUGCGCCGGGCUUUUUUCCGACUUGUAUGUAGUUGCAUUGUGCGAAGUCGGGGGCAGUCUGUACCCAUCCAGCCUACACAAAACUUUAGCAGAAGUAAAUCUAACAGUGACAAUUCACACAAAGUAAAGUCAGAUUUUACUAAAAACAGCUUAAUUCCAAGUAUUCUUCAGAAAUCUGAGUGUUCAUUUCACAGCAGAGACUGCUGAUAAAUGCAAGGCAAACACUGAAAAAUAUGUUUUAUCAUUCAUAUGCACUUAUGCAAUAUAAACACUACAUUAUGUGUUGUUCUAUUUAUUACUCUAUUGUGGUUAUGUCAGCAGCCUCAGAAAUCAUAUGUUUAAUCAAUAAGUUACACUAAGAUUUCUUUUGAGCUGCCAGAAUGAGAACACUAUAGGUGACUUUCUAAGUCAUCAAUUAUAUUAUUGUCUUAAAGUGAACAUGAGUUUGGGAAAAAUGUACAAAACUGAUUGAAGUACCACAGACUUGAAAAACAAUAAUUUAAACUGUGUACACAAGAAGUCUUGGCAGUAUUUGUCAUGGUGUCUCAUACUAUGGUUAGGUCAUAAGUGACUGAAUCAUUGCAACUUAAUAGUCAUUAAAAAUCAAUGAAUGUUAUUGCUUUAUAAAUGCUGUUUUGCAAAAACUAAGGAGAAACCAAUAUUCUUGAAAGAAAUAUAAGAAUGAAAUAUUUAAGCAUGGUACUUAUUUCUGAUUUCUGUCUCUGUGCUUCUGCAGUCUAACUAGAAGACUGUAUUUAGAGAGAAAAAUAGCCAAAAUGUAUACAUUUAUGCAGAUUUUAUGCCUGGUGGCAUUCAUGACACAUAGCAUAGAGGUAGUGAAGGAUAUUUUUUAUUGUGGAAAUACAACUAAGUGCAAGUAUAUUGGAACUGACAUUAUGACCUCCCUCUUGUCAGGUGACAUAUAAGAGUGACCUUCUGACUCCUGUCUAUUUUAUAGAAUGCAUUUUAGGACACCAAGUAUUAACUUUUGUUUAGUAAACACCCUAGGACACUGUUCCCUAAAACUAAUUGUGUCACUUUGCUCAGUGUGUGGGUCAUCUUAUUUAAAAGCCUCUACUACUGAAUAUGCACAGAAGAAGCAUAAAAUAAUCAUUCCAGCUCCUUAUAUAGCCCCAAAAUAUUGACAUCCUCAUAUGACUAGUUAAGUCAGGAAACUGAUGCAUUUUUCUGGGUACCACAGUUUUAGCCAAGCUAACUAUAAGAAAUGGUAUUUAAAACAGUUCUAUGUUGUACACGGGCUGAUUUACAUUAACUUGCUAGUUGUCCUGCUAAGUCUGAAUGCAUCAGCCUUUGUAUUUGAUUAUGAAUGUUAAAAAGCAUAGCUAGGAAGGUCUAAACUAACAACAUUGUAAUUAAAAUAAUAGCUCGUCUGUUUUGAAAGUGCAUUACUUUACAAGUUAUUUAGGAUCAAACCCCUAAAGUAUAAGAUAUAUAAGACCACUAUUUUUCACUGUAUGGGUUAGGUAAACUGUGAAACUACAACACAAUUUUUUUCUGCUCUAGAGGUUCACAUGACAAAAUUCCAGGCUUGGGAACUAGUCAUUGAAAAUUAACAAAUUUUCUGUAUAAAGUUGUGUGAUUGCCAACUGCUGAACUGGCUAAACCUGUUUUUUAAAAUUGUAAUAUUACUUGUUGUACAGCCUCUACUGAACUUGACAAACAGAUAGUGACAUGAAUAACCAAUGUUCGAGGGAUUCUAAAAUCACACAUAGUACUCCAGGAUGUACCAGGAUCCAUAUUAGUUAGAAGAAGUGUAACGCAGUGACUAAUCUCAUUCCUAGGAAAAAUGUGUGAUUUUGAAAUAAACACAGUUCUUACCUUACUGACCCACAACUGGUUAAGGAGUACAGUAUUUUAAUAAAUUAUGCUGUACAUCGACUACGUGUUUUUAUCCCUUUACAUUUAUAAACAAAUUUAAACUGUGGUAAACUCUUGCACUUUAACAAAACUGUAUCUUGGAAAAUGAAUGUGCUGCAUGUUACAGUACACUGACACAUUAUCACUGAAACUGUGAACAAAAUGAACACGAAUCAAUGAAUAGAUUGUCUUCAUUUUUGCUUAGUUACUACUCUAACAAUAUAUUCAUUAUUUAAGCAUGUGUUUCCAGUUUGUACAGCGUAAAAUAAAUUGUAUUUGUAUUUUUACAUUGCAUGUAAGUAAUAACAAACAUAUAUGUGACAUAAUGUACAGCUGUAUAUUGUCAUUAAUACUCAGAAUUUAUAAUGUUUAUAUAACUGUAGGAAUUUUCCCCAGGAGAGCAUUGUUGAGCAUUUUCCUGUAUACACUAUCCCAUCAAUUAAAGUUGUAUACAGCUGCAA